AAACCCUCUGCUUCCCGCAGUUCAAACCGUCGCCAAACUCAAUUCCAACUGUUUCUCUCUCCAAUCUCAGUCAAGAAGGUUGUAGAAGCAGUAGCAAUCAUACAUAAGAAGCUUGUUUAAGUGUAUACAAAGUUUCACACACUUUGAUUGAGGUCAAAUAUGGCUGCAAAAGGUGGAAGGAAGAAUCUGAAGAGGGCGGUUAACGAUGCGACAUUAACUCUUCAACCGGGCCAAAGCGUUAUGCAAGUUGUCUCUCUGCGAGGCUCCAAUAUGAUUGAGGUUAUUGAUGCCAAAGGAGAAAAAACGUUGGCGAUUUUCCCAGCUAAAUUUCAGAAAAGCAUGUGGAUAAAACGCGGUAGUUUUGUUGUGGUUGAUGACGGUGGGAGAGAGCAGGCUAUCGAGUCAGGAAGAAAAGUGGCCUGUGUUGUUCUUCAAGUUCUUUUCCAUGACCAAGUUAGAGUGUUACAAAAGUCUCCAGAAUGGCCAGAUAUAUUUAAAUCAGUUACGGUUGAUAGUUCUAUUGGAAACUCUGAGCGAACGUCUUCAACUACACAGGAAAACAGCGAGUUGGAUUCUUGUGACGAUGAUGAUGAUGAUGGGUUGCCGCCAUUGGUGGCCAACACAAACAGAAGAAUACGCACGGAGUUGCAGUCAGCUUCAGAGUCGGAUUCGGAUGUAGAAGAUUCUUAAAGAGUGUAAUUUUACUAAGAUCAUGAUUCUUGUUUUUCCGUAGCUAAGAUCAUGAACGAACGGGUUGGACCGUAAAAACUAAGAAGAGAACGAGUUAGAUUGUUUCGUAUUU